AUGUUGCUCACCACCGCCACCACACAGCUCAUGAUAGCCACCGCCCGGGUCACGAAUCCAAACCUCACAUCCAGCGAAUUUAAUAAUUGGUACAACUCGGUUCUGCUACCAGGAUUCAUGGAGAAUCACAAUGUCUCCCUAUCUGUGCGCUACAAAUUAAUCCCCCCCGCCAAUGUCACCGUUCCCAAAGCACCAGCGUGGGAUUACCUUACGCUUUAUAAGGCACACCCGAAUGUUUCCUCGACGUCGGCAGCUUUCAUGGGAAGAGCAGUGGAGGGUUCAGGAAUUAGCUUUACGAAAAGAGAUAUUGGUCCGAAUGAUGUUGCCAUCGAGAUCACGACGUGGAAUCCGAUUCAGACAUUUGAAGGGUUGAGAGAGAAGAAAGGGCAGGUUCCGAGUGGAAGGCCUAAGGUUGUAGUGAUGGUUAAGAUUGAGCCUAAGGAGGGAGGGGACAAUAUUGUUGAGGAAUGGUAUAGAAAACAGCAUCUUGACAUGCUUUCUAUGCUACCAAAUUACCGUCGAUCGACGCGAUAUCGGUCCGCAGAUGGCUCGAAACCGCGGUGGCUAGCGAUCCACGAAAUGGAUUCUACUUACAUGGAUCCUUACCAGGGCGAAGUUUUGAUGGGGACCGAGUUAGCGAGGAAUGUGAUGGAUGGGGUGAAGGUAUUUGAGGCGAGUCAGUGGGAGGUCAUUUUUGAAAAGGGAAAUCUGACGGAGAAGCUUUGA